CAGUGCCAUAACAGCUGGAUGCUACUCGGCUAACGAGCUUAGCAGAGCAGCAGCUGCAGACCCCGGCGUCCAGUCGCUGCCAGUCACUGUGUCAGAUCGAGGAUGGACCACUGUGAUUAGUGAGGAUGAGAAGUCGCAGUAACUCAGGAGUGAGGCUGGAUGGCUAUGCAAGGCUGGUCCAAGAGACUAUCUUAUGCCUCCAGAACCCAGUGACAGGGCUCCUGCCGGCCAGCACCCAGCAGAGGGAUGCCUGGGUCAGAGAUAAUGUUUACAGUGUCCUCUCUGUGUGGGGGCUUGGCAUGGCCUACCGCAAGAAUGCAGACCGGGACGAAGACAAGGCCAAGGCCUAUGAGCUGGAGCAGAGUGUGGUGAAACUGAUGCAGGGACUUCUUCAGUGCAUGAUGAGACAGGUGGACAAGGUGGAGAAUUUCAAACGCACGCAGAGUACAAAAGAUUGCCUGCAUGCCAAAUACCACACUCCCACAUGUGCCACAGUGGUGGGGGAUGACCAGUGGGGGCAUCUGCAGGUGGAUGCCACCUCCAUUUACCUGCUGGUGCUGGCACAAAUGACAGCUUCAGGUCUUCGCAUCAUCUCCAACCUGGAUGAGGUAGCCUUCAUCCAGAACUUGGUCUUCUACAUAGAGGCUGCCUACAAAGUGGCGGAUUAUGGGAUGUGGGAGCGAGGUGACAAGACCAACCAAGGCAUCCCUGAGCUCAAUGGCAGCUCUGUAGGCAUGGCGAAGGCAGCUUUGGAGGCCAUAGAUGAGCUGGAUCUUUUUGGCGCCCAUGGAGGGCCAAAGUCAGUCAUCCAUGUUUUACCUGAUGAAGUGGAACACUGCCAGUCCAUCCUGUGCUCCAUGCUGCCGAGGGCUUCAACCUCAAAGGAGAUUGACGCUGGUCUUCUGUCCGUCAUCUCCUUCCCUGCCUUCGCUGUUGAGGAUGCUGACCUGGUGGCCGUCACCAAGUCUCAGAUCAUAAACAAACUGCAGGGUCGCUAUGGAUGCUGCCGCUUUAUCAGAGAUGGGUAUCGUUGUCCCAGAGAGGACCCGUCUCGUCUACACUACGACCCCGCCGAGCUUAAGCUGUUUGAGAAUAUUGAAUGUGAGUGGCCUGUGUUCUGGACAUACCUCAUUCUGGAUGGCAUUUUCACUGGAGACCAAGAGCAGGUGCAGGAGUACCGUGAGGCGCUGGAGGGCAUUCUCAUUAGAGGAAAGAACGGCAUCCGACUGGUGCCUGAGCUCUAUGCUGUGCCGCAUGAGAAGGUGGAGGAGGAGUACGGCAACCCUCACACGGUGGACAGAGUGGCCCUGGGGCAGCUGCCUCACAUGUGGGGACAGUCGCUCUACAUCUUGGGCUGCCUUUUGGCCGAGGGUUUCCUGGCACCAGGAGAAAUAGAUCCACUCAACAGGAGAUUCUCCACAAACUUUAAGCCUGAUGUUGUGGUACAAGUUUGUGUUCUAGCAGAGUCGCAAGAGAUCCAGGAGUUCCUGAGCGACCACGGCAUCGAGGUCCAGACGGUGUCGGAUGUGCUGCCCAUCAGGGUCUUGCCCGCUCGCAUCCUCAGCCACAUUUAUGUCAGACUGGGGAACUGUAAGAAACUGAAUCUGAGUGGGCGGCCGUACAGACACAUCGGAGUUCUGGGAACAUCCAAGUUCUAUGAGAUCAGAAACCGCUCCUACACGUUCACCCCUCAGUUUCUGGAUCAGCACCAUUUCUACCUGGCGCUGGACAACCAGAUGAUUGUGGAGAUGCUGCGUACAGAACUGGCGUAUCUCUCCUCAUGCUGGAGAAUGACUGGACGGCCCACGCUCACGUUCCCCAUCACCCACAGCAUGCUGGUUGAAGAUGGUGACGGAAUUGAUCCAUGUAUCCUAGCAACCUUGAGGAAGCUACAAGACGGCUACUUUGCAGGAGCCAGGGUGCAGAUGUCAGAUCUCUCCAGUUUCCAGACCACCUCCUUCCACACUCAGCUCAGUUUCCUAGACGAGGAGAAUGAUGAUGACUUACUGCAGGAUGAGGAAGAAGAAGAAGAUGAGGAAUAUGAAGAGGAGGCUAACUACAGGCAUCCAGGUGGCUCAGAAGGCAUGAUCGACCAGUACCUCAACAAGCUGCUCCACAGCACCUCCAAGUGCCAUCUCCCUCCCAUCCAAAGAGGGCAGCACCACGUCUUCAGUGCUGAACACACCACCAGAGACAUCCUGUCUCUCAUGGCCCAGGUUAAGGGCCUCAACCUGUCCUCAUCAUCCAUGUAUCUACCUGUAACUCCUGCCAUGAGCAAACACCGCAAAUCUCUCAAUCUACUUGACGUCCCCCAUGUUCAGCACAGCUCCCAGCCAAAGCAACACAAGGUGCACGGUGCUGCUGAUCUGCACCUGCCUCGGGACUCCCAGGGCAACACGGACUUUGCCGGACUGGUGCGACAGCUGAGAGAGUGUCCCACUCUGCAGGACCAGGCCGACAUCCUCUACAUUCUUUACAUCAUGAAAGGAGCUGAUUGGCUGGUGGAGGUGUCAGGUCCGGGCCAGGGCGGGGCGAGUGUGCGCUCCCUGCUGGAGGAGCUGUAUGUGCAGGCCGGAGCCUGUAAGGAGUGGGGACUCAUCAGAUACAUCUCUGGAAUACUGCACAAGAGGGUGGAGGUCCUGGCCGAGGCCUGCACAGAUCUGAUUUCCCAUCAUAAACAGCUGACAGUGGGUCUACCUCCUGAACCCAGAGAGAGAGUUAUCACAGCUCCACUUCCUCCUGAGGAGCUGAACUCUCUAAUCUAUGAAGCCAGCGGUCAGGACAUCAGCAUAGCUGUGCUCACUCAGGAAAUCAUGGUCUAUCUAGCCAUGUAUGUCCGCUCCCAGCCCGCUCUGUUUGGAGAUAUGCUCAGACUCAGGAUAGGACUCAUCAUGCAAGUAAUGGCCACGGAGCUGGCUCGCAGCCUGCACUGCUCUGGUGAGGAAGCGUCUGAAAGCCUGAUGAGCUUGAGUCCGUUUGACAUGAAGAACUUGCUGCAUCACAUCCUCAGCGGCAAGGAGUUUGGAGUGGAGAGGAGCAUGCGGCCUAUCCAGUCGACAGCCACCAGCCCUGCCAUCUCCAUCCAUGAACUAGGUCACACUGGAGCCACCAAGACUGAGCGCACAGGGAUCCGCAAGCUCAAGAGCGAGAUCAAGCAGAUCUUUGGCGGUGGUCUUUCCAUGAGUAGCAAUGUCACUUCUCCCCGCUCUACGCGCUGUAGCAGCCCGUCCACCCCCAGCGGGAUCCUGUCCCCGGUGGGUCCGGGUCCAGGCGACGGGCAGCUGCAGUGGGAGGAGAAGCAGGGCCAGUGGCUGAGGAGGCGCAGGCUGGAUGGAGCUAUCAACAGAGUGCCGAGGGGUUUCUACCAGAAGGUCUGGAAGAUCCUCCAGAAGUGCCACGGUCUGUCCAUCGAUGGAUAUGUCCUGCCCUCCUCCACCACCCGAGAGAUGACGGAGGGAGAGAUCAAGUUUGCGGUGCAAGUGGAGUCGGUCCUGAACCACGUCCCUCAGCCAGAGUACCGGCAGCUGCUGGUGGAGACUGUCAUGGUUCUGGGCCUGGUUGCUGAUUUGGAAGUGGACAACAUCGGUGGCAUCAUCCAUGUCGACCGCAUCCUACACAUGGCCAAUGACCUGUUCCUCGGUGACCAGAAAUCCCACAGUGCCAGCGACUAUUUCCUCGAGAAGGACCCAGCCACCGGUAUCUGCAACUUCUUCUACGAUAGCGCCCCUAGUGGCAGCUACGGGACCAUGACCUAUCUGUCCAAGGCUGUGGUCACUUAUGUCCAAGACUUCCUGCCGAGUUCCAGCUGCCUGAUGCAGUGAAGAUCCAGGCUAGCAGGUCUCACUGCUUUUCACAUCUUGAGAGAAACCUAGAGCUGAAGGAUCUACUGACCCAAGGCAGCAAAGCUUCCUAUUAUCAGCUCAUAUAAUUCAUAUGGUGCUUUGUCUGAUGAACUUCUCAGUAUUAUAUCAUUAAUGAAUGCUGUAGCUCUGACAUAUUACACCAUAGCCUUUGCAGCUGAUUGCAAACCUCUAAUUUAAUUUUUGUGACCCAGGACUGUGAACCUAUUUAUUACUUCCAACAUGCUGCUCAGUAUGUUUACAGCCAGUAACUAACAUGCAUAUCAUGCAGUGGCGGAGCCAGACAGUUUUCAUCGAGGUGGCCAGAUUUGGAACAGUUUUUACAUUGGAGUGGCACAGAAAUCAGUGUCUUGAUCAGUGUUUUUUUCUGCAUCGCGCAGCAAUGUAGGCCGCACCAUUAGGAAUCAUAAUGGCAACAACAAUUUUUUCUCUUCAAUAGAUAAAGCAUUCUCUGACACACCUGAAAUUAGCACACUUUUUAAAUUGGAAUUACACCAUGUAUAACAUACAGUACAUUAUUUGUCAAACCUUGCCAACAAUAAUGCAUUUUAGGGAUUUAAGAUGCCCCUACAGUGUAUAAGUUAGAUAUGGCAUUAACCUGAAACAUCACCAACAACAUUAAAUUUGUUUUUACAGGUUAAUGCAUCAAUAAUCUAACCCUCUGAAAGGGACCACUCUUCAGAUUGAAUAUUUACAGACUUACUCAGCAUACUAUCAAGGACAGAGUAGAGCAAACAAUCACGAAAAGUGUCCUUGUUCUGAUCAGGAAUGGUAGAUUUAUAAAAUUGUCCAUUUAAGCAGCAAAACAUACUCCCUUUCUCGACAAGCUAGCAUUACAUGCUUGGCACCUAUGUAUUCCUCAAGGUCUCUACUUUCACCUGACACAGCUGUCUUCAAGCUAUGUUAAACAGUGACUGCCCUGCCACCGGUGAAAUGUCAGCUAAUGACCUCAUCCGCAAACAGGUACAGUGUGUUUAAUAGUAGUGUCCAGUUAAUACUGAUGCCGAGUUAGCUAAGAUAAGAUAAGAUAAUGUAUUAUUUUGUGUACCCUCUAGAAAAAUUUUUAAAGAAAAAAUACACUCAAAGAACAAACAAAUACAACCAGUGACUGUGAACCCCAUGUUUUUAGUCCCAUUUUGUCUUUUGGCAGUGUAUUUUUACUCGCUAAAUUGGGACGAUGUAAUGUCAUAUCAAGAUAUUUCCAGCCAGGGGUGCUGCGGCAGUGUAGAAAUAUGGUUCCACACAGGAAAAAAUUUUUAAAAAUCUGUGAUGUGGUGCUUGGGGUGGCCAGGCUUCAGCGUAUGGUGGCCGUGGCCAGCCCGAGCCCCCCCUCGGCUCCGCCACUGAUAUCAUGUAAAUGGAAUCUUGGCAUGAAUAUUUAUCAAGACAAUAUAUCUGUGUGCUCGCAGUCUUGUAUGUGUGAGAAUAUUGUUGGAAGUUACUUGAGCUGUUACCGAUUCUCUGAGUGUGGAUAUGCCACUUAUAGUGUAAUUCAGUGUUGUCAAGUGUUGUCGUUAAAACUUAAUUGCUCUAUUUGUAUAUUCAUAUUAAUUAACCUGUGUGGAGAUGAGAAUCCUAUUUUCUUUGAAUGCAAGGAGGCUGGCGAUAAUGUGAUUUUUCUGUUGCUUGUUUGUUGUCUGUACUCUAUUGUCCAAUGUAUGAAAAUGUCCAAUAUCUAAUUCAUCCAUCUGUCCUCAUGUGAAUGUGACAAUGCAAGCAUUUACGAAGGUUUUACCACUGAUUUGGGUACAAGCUGACAUUUGGCCUGUACCUCACAGUAUUUAACUUCUGUCUUUCUUAAGCUAUUCCUUCAGGACUGAAGAGCGUCAAGUUGUUUGGUUUGCUAAUACUCAUGCCAUGAGGUACUAAUAAUGUAAGAAAUCGCAUAACCUCUGGAAAAAUCUUUAAAGGAAAAAUCCAAAUAACAAAUACUGUGGGAAAAUACAGCUUUUGGCUGUGUGUCUCAUAUUUUUAGUCCCAUUUGUUUUUUUUUUUAUUUUUUUUACUACAGCAGAUAACUGGCCAAAUGUGGACAAACAUCAGUGUAACAUCACAUCCACAUAUUUCCAGUGUAGCUACCGUAAAAUGUUUGAUAUCAGAAAUUAUUUCAGCAAUCUAAAACAUCAACGGUAAACCUCAGGUUGUGGUACAUACAGGGAGGAAUUCAGUGUAGAAGAAGUAGAAGAGAAAAUUUCACUAACUGAAGCAGAGGUAGAUGAGGCAGGUUUAGGAAAAGUGGAUGCGCACACACAAAACUCAUAACUAAAUAAAUAAAACAUAUGGAACACACAGUGCAUCAAAAACUGGUGAUCUAACAGUGUAGAGGUAUUUGAUGGUGGAUUUUUCCUUUAAGACUCCAGUACAAACUAGAGCUUUAUAUAUGCAUGAUGUGUGUGUGUGUGUGUAUGGUUGUAAAGUAUGGUCCCACGGAGGUGAAGUGUAUGUUGCAAAAAGGCUUACGUUUGAGAAUGGUGUUGUUACACACAGCCUUUGUCAGAGAGAGAAAGUUUCACGGAUACUUCAUUUUAGAAAGAAAAAUGGCAUGUGAACGAGACAAGUGCAGAUUGUUGACAUUUAUUGCUUGAGGUUUAAAAAAUAUCAUUUCAUUUAUUUCAUACCAGAACAGAAUAUAGUAUACAUAUACAAGAAAAUAUAAAAUACAGAUUAUAUAUUAAUUAUUGAGAGAUAUUGCAAUUGCCCUUUAAUUCUCAUUCUGUUUAUUUACAUUGUGUUUAUUAACAUAUUUUUGAACUACUUAAAUUAUG